GGGAAGCACUUCAUGUGGAACAAAAAAGCGAUUUAGAGUCUUUUUUUCUUUGGCGCAACGAUACGAUAUACCAAUGAGGUCAUGGCUGAAAAUCGCCGACAUUCCUCCCGGUCCUCCACCGAUGAUAUCUCUUCCUUGGAGCAGCAGCACAUCCACGACGAUGGCGUCCCAAUCCAACCGUUAGAGAAGCACAGCACGGCGACCUCAGGUUUCUCAGCGCUUGAGCGCCGCGCAACUUCGAUACUCUCGGGAAUCCGGAGUCGGGAGCCUGGUCAAACUGCACGGUUUACGCACCCUCUAACGAAUACCAAAACUACGGAAGAUGUAAUUGUGGAUUUUGAUGGGCCUGAUGAUCCUUAUAAACCACUUAAUUGGGCUUUCAAGAAAAAGUGUAUUACUACGUUGCUAUAUGGUCUGACUACGAUGGGUGCUACGUGGGCUAGUUCAAUUUACUCAACAGGUACCCAGCAGGUCAUGUCGGAGUUCCGCAUUGGUGAGGUACCAUCGACAUUAGGUACCGCGUUGCUACUCUUUGGCUUCGGACUGGGACCUCUUGUAUGGGCCCCACUCUCCGAGGUUUAUGGACGUAAACCCGCUGUGUUGAUGCCUUACUUCGUCGCUGCGAUAUUCUCCUUCGGCUCCGCAACGGCCAAGGAUACCCAAACGCUCAUGAUCACCCGGUUCUUCACUGGUUUCUUUGGCUCCGCGCCGGUAACAAACACGGGUGGCGUGUUGGGCGAUAUUUGGACCGCGGAGCAGCGAGGAGCUGCUAUCGUGGGGUAUGCAAUGGCCGUUGUCGGCGGGCCAGUGCUGGGUCCCAUUGUGGGUGGCGCGAUCUGUCAGAGCUACCUUGGCUGGAGAUGGACCCAAUAUAUCACCGGAAUUAUGAUGAUGUUCUUCCUCGCCAUGGACGUCAUCUUUCUCGACGAGAGCUAUCCCCCCGUCCUCCUAGUCUACAAAGCGCAGAGACUCCGCUUCGAAAGCGGCAACUGGGCCCUUCACGCACGCCACGAAGAGUGGGACGUGACUCUCAAAGAACUCGGCAACAAGUACCUAAUCCGCCCAUUCGCCCUCCUCGCAACACCAAUCUGCUUCCUCGUCGCUCUCUACGCCUCCUUCGUCUACGGCAUCCUCUACCUCAGUCUGGCCUCCUUCCCCGUCGAAUUUCAAGAAGUCCGCGGCUGGAACCAAGUUGUCGGCGCACUCCCCUUCCUCGCCUACCUCGUCGGCAUCCUCAUGGGCGCCUGCGUCAACCUCUACAACCAGAAAUUCUACAUCUCCCGCUUUAAACAAAACAACAACUUCCCCGUCCCCGAAGCCCGUCUCCCGCCCAUGAUGCUCGGCUCCGUCGUCUUCGCCGCAGGCCUCUUCGUCUUCGGCUGGACCGGCCGCCCAGACAUCCACUGGAUCGCGCCUAACAUCGGCGCCGUCCUCAUGGGCCUCGGCUUCUUCACAAUCUUCCAGGCGGCCCUCAACUACCUCAUUGAUACCUUCCAGGCUGUCGCCGCCAGCGCCGUCGCGGCUAAUACCUUCCUGCGCAGUCUGUUCGCAGGCUGCUUCCCGCUGUUCACGAGCAUCAUGUAUCGUCGUCUUGGCGUAAACUGGGCGUCUAGUAUCCUGGGCUUUUGUGCCGUGGCGCUGAUUCCGAUCCCGUUUUUGUUUUAUAUAUUCGGGAAGCGCAUUCGCGCCAGGGGGAAAUGGUCUCAGGCUUCUGUUUAUGGGAGUUAGGUUCUUGCCACUCGCAUUGGAGAGACAAGUGACAAAAAGUAAUG